AUGCCGGAGGAGGGCUGGGGCUGCACGGUGCGCCGCUCGCCGUGGAAGACCGUCUCGCCCUACGUCUUCUCGGUCAUCCUCUUCGCUGUUUUGGCCGCCUUCUGCUUUCAGCAGCCGCCGCGGCUCGAGGGACGUGAGGGGGACAUAGCCGAGCUCCAGCUGAACCUCACAGGUCCCCGGCUGGACCCCAGGCUGUGCUGGCAGGCGGACCCAGCCUUGGGCCGCUCCUUCCGGCAUGGACCAGCGUUGGUCAACGGGCAGCUGCGGGUCGUUCGUGAUGGCUUCUACAGGCUGCACAUCCAGGUGACACUAGCCAACUGCUCCUCUGUGUGGACCACGGUGCCUCCCAAGGCCACUCUGAUUGUGGGCAUCUGCUCCCCAGACACCCACAGGAUCAGCCUGCUGCGCCUGAAUUUCCACCAGGGCUGCACUGUCACCUCCCAGCGCCUGACAUUCCUGGCCUUUGGGGACACCCUCUGCACCAACCUCACCCUGCCUCUGCUGCCUUCCCAAAAUGCUGAUGAGACCUUCUUUGGCAUUCAAUGGGUGCAUUCUGGUCAACGUUCCUGAUUGGUUUAUUUGAUCUUUUUGUUUGUUUGUUUGUUACUAUUUUCCCCAUUUUGGGAGGAUGGGGAGGCAGGGCUGAGUGUGGGACCCAGGGCUUCCUACCGGAUGCUAGGCAAGCUCUGUAUUUUUAGCCACAUCCCCAGCCCUUAUUUUGAAACAUGGUCUCACUGAGUUGUCUUCUCAGGCUGGCCUCAUACUUGCCAUCCUUCUGCCUCAGCCUCAGGAGUCCUGGGAUUAUAGGACUUGCUCCCUGGUACCAGCUCCUCCUUGAUACACCUGUUGGAUAGGCAGACAGCUUCCUGGGAUGGACAGGAGCUACCUCACCAGCCCUGCUCAAAGCUAAAAAUAAGAGCAGUGCUGUAGCAUAUCACCUCCCAGAGGAUCCUAAGACACACAACGACUAACUGUCUUGGGAGAGUUAUUGGAAAGAAAAAUAUAAUAAAUAGAAAAUAAGAAAAUGUAAAUAAAGUG